AUAAUUAUCAAGUAAUGGUUUUUUUUUUCUUUCUCUGGGGUGGUCUUUGUUCUUUCUCCAUUGGGGAUUCGGAGCGCUCUUAUUUUGUUUACUUCUUAAUUCUAGAUUUGCCAUUUGGGUUUCCUCUCUCUUGUCAGUCGUCACCAUUAUAGCCGCCCAUUUCCUUCCCCUCCUCUUGUUGCUCAAUUAUUCUUGACUUGGCUUCUUUCUUUCUAUUUGAGGCUCUAAAGAAACCAAUUUUCGAAAGGGUAAGCAUAGCAAAACAGCUAGCUUUCCACUAUACUCUGUUUUCUCCUUUUGUCCAAUUUCUUCUCUUUUUUCCCGUGGUUAAUUGCUUACUUGCUCAGGUUAGUUGAAUGUCCUUAAGUGGGUUGUUGGAAAUUGGAAUAGUGGGGAGGAACUGAGGAAGUUGUUAUGCAAUGAUUAAUAAUGAGUGCUUUGAUAAAUUGGGGUUUGUCUUUUGUGGGUGGGGAAGGCUGAGAAUUGGAUUAGGUGGAAGAUAAUGUCUGGAAUUAUUCUUUUUAGUUCAUAGUUUCAUAUUCAGACUGUUGAUGCCUUAAAGCGCUUGCUGCUGCUGUUGCUGUUGCUGGGUUUUCUCACAUUCCCGCAAUUUGGGUUUCUUGCUGUGGAAUUUUGAGUGGUGAUCAGGGUUCAAAUGGAGGAGAGGUAUGAGCCUAUCAAGGAGCUUGGUUCAGGGAACUUCGGCGUGGCGAGGCUGGUGAAAGAUAGGAAGACUAAAGAACUUCUUGCUGUGAAGUACAUUGAAAGAGGGAAAACGAUUGAUGAGCAUGUCCAGAGAGAAAUCAUCAACCACAGGUCUUUGAGGCAUCCAAAUAUCGUGAGGUUCAAAGAGGUUUGGCUGACUCCAACACAUCUGGCCAUCGUCAUGGAAUAUGCAGCCGGCGGAGAACUGUUUGCAAAGAUAUGCAGUGCUGGACGUUUCAGCGAAGAUGAGGCUAGAUUUUUCUUCCAGCAGCUAAUAUCUGGAGUCAGCUACUGCCACUCCAUGGAGAUAUGUCACAGGGAUCUGAAACUUGAGAACACGCUUCUGGAUGGAAGCCCUAGUCCCCGUCUUAAAAUAUGUGACUUUGGUUACUCAAAGUCUGGUCUAUUGCAUUCACAACCCAAGUCGACUGUGGGAACUCCAGCAUAUAUCGCCCCGGAAGUCCUAUCACGGAAGGAGUAUGAUGGGAAGAUUGCAGACGUUUGGUCAUGUGGUGUGACGCUCUACGUGAUGCUUGUCGGAGGAUACCCUUUUGAGGAUCCUGAUGAUCCAAGGAACUUCCGCAAGACCAUUGGGAGAAUAAUGAGUGUCCAGUACUCUAUCCCCGAUUAUGUACGCGUUUCUGCAGACUGCAAGCACCUCCUUUCUCGUAUUUUUGUAGCCAAUCCUGCAAAGGUACUGGUUUACUCAUUCGCUUCCUGGAAAUGUUGUUAAGUUUGGUCUUGUGUGGAUGCACUCGGUUUGGUUUGGUUAUGAUGUUCCAUGUAUUUGAUUUGAUUUUAUUGCUUUGAUUGGUUCCAUUCGCAACCAAACUAACCAUUUGAAAAUCUCCCUACAUAAGAGGAUCACCAUUCCGGAGAUAAAACAGCUACCUUGGUUCCUCAAGAACUUGCCCAAGGAACUGGUCGAGAUUGAGAAGACUAACUUCAGCGAAGCAGGAGGCUGUGAGCAACCAGCUCAGAGCGUGGAGGAGAUAAUGCGUAUCAUCGAAGAGGCGAAGGUACCAGGGAAAGGUGCCAAAGCUGGCGGCGAGCAAGCUACUGGCAGUGGUGCUGGGACGUCGGAUGAUUUGGGAGGUUCCUUGGAACUGGAAUCUGACCUUAGCGGUGACUAUGUAGCUCAAGUGUAAGCAUUGCGGGGAGCUGGAGACUUUGGAUUCCUUGAUCAUGCCAUUAAGACACUCUUUCGUGUAAAUUCCAGUUGCUCAAUGUCUUUGCUUUCUGGAUUUGGGUUCAUGGUUGUGAUAUCAAAUGUCUCAAUGGUGCCUUGGGAAACCAUUUCUCUGCCAAUCAAAAGAAGGAUCCUACUGUAUCUUAACAUGUAUGUGCAGUUAUUAUGAUAUUUCAGAUCAAUACGGUUCGAUUCAGUUUCAAUAAUUCAAGACUUUUCAUUUCGAUUCAAAAA